GCCUCGUCUCCCCGCCUUUAGCUAGCAGCAGCAACGCUCAGUGGCACCCGUCCAUUUCCUCUCUCCUCAACCGCCGGCAGGCUAACAGCUCUAACUCCCACAGACAUGGCCGACCAACUAACAGAAGAGCAGAUUGCUGAAUUCAAGGAGGCCUUCUCCUUGUUUGAUAAAGAUGGAGAUGGUACCAUCACCACCAAAGAGCUGGGCACAGUCAUGAGGUCACUGGGUCAAAACCCAACUGAAGCUGAACUCCAGGAUAUGAUCAAUGAGGUGGAUGCGGAUGGCAAUGGGACUAUCGACUUCCCCGAGUUUCUAACUAUGAUGGCACGAAAAAUGAAGGACACAGACAGUGAGGAGGAGAUCCGGGAGGCCUUCAGAGUCUUUGAUAAGGAUGGUAAUGGAUACAUCAGUGCAGCAGAGCUCCGUCACGUAAUGACCAACCUGGGAGAGAAGCUUACGGACGAAGAGGUCGACGAGAUGAUAAGGGAGGCCGACAUCGACGGCGAUGGACAAGUCAAUUAUGAAGAGUUUGUUCAGAUGAUGACCGCCAAAUGAACUGAACUUACAAAGAAUCAGUCAAAUGUUUCACUUACCUCUUAUUGCAAAAAUCUACAUUUAAUCAUGCUGUUCUGUAUAGACAAUUUAAACUGAAUGUUGGAAUACUGAAAAUCUGUCCAUAUAAACAAGUUCAAAAAAAGGUAAAGGUAAAAAAAAAAAAAAAAAUCCAAUAAUCUGCAUGUACUGGCUUGUAUUCCCCAUCCCCUCCGUGCUGAGCUGACCAAUCACAUCUCGGCUCGUUAGACGAGCAGCCUCGUGCAGCCAGCUAGUUCAGCCGCUGCUCCUCUGCUUCUUGGUUCCAUCUGCCUGAUGUCAUGAUGAUUUGGGCGGGUCAACUGCCUUUUCUUCUAUAAAGUCCUGUUGUUUUACUUUCCCUUCAUGCAUGCAGCGUUAACAUGGGUUACUGUUGAGAUCUCGGUGACAGAAAGCUGUCGUUGGACCUCAGAGGAGGAAAGGGGUGGAUGGGAGGGAGCGAACCAAUGGGACGUUCGCUUGGCUAAAUAAAGUCGGUGACUGAUAUUUUUAAGAAAAAUUAAAAUGGAAUAAACAACUAAUUUUAA